CUUCACCCCUUUCUCUCAAUCAAAUCCCAUAAAAAUCUUCUUCCAAAACCAAAUUCUUCUUCAAAAACCCCCUCUAUGGUAUUAGAAACUGAUUAAUAUCCUUCCCCAAGAAACAUUAGGCUUUUCCUCGAUCAUCAAAAUGAAAAGUUAUCACAGAUUUCUCUCCCCUUUCUUAGUUUUCUUUUCUUGUUUUCCUCUCUUUCUCUCAUGCAUUUGAUUUCUUCGUGGGUGGAAAACAAGGCUAGGUUUUGCAUCCUUCAAGGACUAUAAUCAAUGGGCUGGAAGAAACAAGUUCCCCAUCAAUGACAAUAUAAGUAAAAAUAAUUAAUCCAAAGAUUCUAUAUUUAUUAUUAUUAUUAUUUUUUUUUUUUUGUUUUCUUGAUUCCUUCUAGUUUUGGGUUUUUACUAUUUUCUGUUCUUGAUUCGGAUUUUGGUAGUUUUCAAGUAUAAGAAAGGAUCAGACUCGGUUAGAACAAAGAUGAUUACGACACCUGCUAGACCAAGAAUCCUAUUCAAAAAAUGGACAAUGGGAAUUCUCUGUUCAAAUUGGAUCGUUCUGGACCUUUCUACUUCAUCAGUGGAAAAGAGGACCGGUGUAAGCAGAGGCAGAAAUUGAUUGUUGUUGUUUUGCACUUGAAGAGGGGAGAGUCAGCGCCCGCGGCAUCUCCCAAGUUACCGCCAGGUUCUGGAGCUAAACCCCCUGUUGCACCAAAUCCAAAAUCUCCAGCGCCAGGGUUGUCCCCUGUUUCACAUUCCCCUGGGGCAAACCCACCUUCUAAGACAUCUCCAGCUCCAGUGGGUUCCCCUGUUUAUCAUGCUCCGGAGGCCAAACCACCCUCUACAUUCUCUCCAGGACCGUCAGGUUCACCGGGAGUAUUUUCAGCGCCAGGGGUGUUCCCUGUUUCUCAUUCCCAUGGGGCGACCCCACCUUCAACAUCAUCUACAGUGACGGUGGGGUCCCCUUCUUCUCAUUAUCCGGUGGGAAAACCUCCGUCUGCAUACUCUUCAGGACCGUCAGGUACCCCAGGAACAUUUCCAGCAGCAGGCAUCUCAUUCUCCUGUGGCCAAACCACCUUCUACGUCAUCUUCAGCACCAGUGGUUGCUGUGAUUUCUCAAUAGUGGGGUCCCCUUCUAAUUCGUCGGUAGCCAAACCUCCAUCUACAUCAUCCUUAGCACCUUCAGGUUCCCCAGGAACAUCUCCGUCCUCUUUAGCACCAGCAAUGUCCCCAGCAAUACUGUAGGUUAUGCUUCUGUUUUUUAUGCUACAGACGCUGAUUUGGAGAUUCAACUGUAAUUUUUUUUAUUUAAUAUAAAUUUUUAUUUUUU